GUUGGCAGCUCGGGGUGGGAUUUUUCCUUGUUCUCUCUCUCUCUCUCUCUCUCUUUCUCUCUCUCUCUCUCUCUCUCUCUCUCUCUCUCUCUCUCUCUCUCUCUCUCUCUCUCUCUCUCUCUCUCUCUCUCUCCCUCCCCCUUUUCCCUCAUUCCUUUUCCCUCAUUCCCUCAUUCUACCCUCAGGUUGCCCACCAAGAAGAUUUCAGUGCAGAGGCUUCGUUUUGGAACCCUGGGCCACAACUUGGAUAGAGGAGGGUUCCUGAAUCUAAAGUGUGAAGACACCCUGCAAAGAGGUACAUGAGACAUAGGAGGAAACUGAGAGUGACAAAAGUUAAGUGACUGACCCAGGGUGAUACAAGUAAUGUCUCAGGUAAAAUUUGAACUCAAGACUUUCAGACUCCAGCUCUAGCACUCUGGCCCUCUACCAUCUAGCUAUAAGCAAGCUCUUGCCUGUGACACCUUGUUGCAGUCAUGGCGCCCAAAAAGAAGACUGUCAAAAAGAACAAAGGAGAGGUCAAUGAGAUGACAAUAAUUGUAGAAGAUAGCCCACUCAACAAACUCAAUGCUUUAAACAGCUUCCUAGAAGGAGGCAAUGGAUUGAACUGUAUCUCAUCGGAAGUGACUGAUGCCUCAUAUGGACCCAACCUCUUGGAAGGAUUAAGCAAAAUGAGGCAAGAGAACUUUCUCUGUGACUUAGUCAUUGGCACCAAAACCAAAUCCUUCAAUGUUCAUAAGUCAGUGAUGGCCUCCUGUAGUGACUAUUUUUACAACAUAUUAAAGAAGGACCCUGCCACACAAAGAGUGGAUCUUAACGAUGUGUCACCAGUUGGCCUGGCUACCGUGAUUGCAUAUGCCUAUACUGGAAAGCUGACUCUUUCCUUGUACACAAUAGGAAGCAUCAUUUCUGCUGCUGCCUACCUUCAGAUCCACACCCUUGUGAAGAUGUGUAGUGACUUUCUGAUAAGGGAAAUCAGCGUUGAAAAUUGUAUGUAUGUUGCUAACAUAGCAGAAACCUAUAACCUAAAAACCACUAAAGCAGCCGCCCAGAAAUUUAUCCGGGACAACUUCAUCGAGUUUUCAGAAACUGACCAGUUCCUAAAACUUACUUUUGAGCAGAUCAAUGAACUCUUGGUAGAUGACGACCUGCAGCUGCCUUCUGAAGUAGUCGCAUUCCAGAUCGCAACCAAAUGGUUAGAAUUCGACCAAAAGAGAGUGAAGUAUGCUGCUGAUCUCUUGAGCAAUAUUCGCUUUGGUACCAUCUCUGCUCAAGACCUAGUCAACUAUGUUCAGUCUGUACCCAGGAUGAUGCAAGAUGCAGAUUGUCACAAGCUUCUUGUGGAUGCCAUGAAUUAUCACCUACUUCCCUACCACCAAAACACAUUGCAGUCUAGGCGCACAAGAAUCCGAGGUGGCUUUCGAGUUCUAGUCACUGUGGGGGGACGGCCUGCCCUCACUGAAAAAUCCCUUAGUAGAGAUAUCUUGUACAGGGACCCCGAGAAUGGAUGGAGCAAGCUUACUGAAAUGCCUGCCAAGAGUUUUAAUCAGUGUGUGACUGUGAUGGAUGGAUUUCUGUAUGUGGCUGGUGGAGAAGACCAGAAUGAUGCAAGGAACCAAGCCAAGCAUGCAGUCAGCAAUUUCUGCAGAUAUGACCCCCGUUUCAACACUUGGAUACACCUGGCAAACAUGAAUCAGAAACGCACUCAUUUUAGCCUCAACGUUUUCAACGGGCUCCUUUUUGCAGUAGGCGGCCGCAACUCGGAAGGCUGCCUGUCUUCCAUGGAGUGCUACGUGCCUUCAACGAACCAGUGGCAGAUGAAGAAGUCUCUGGAGGUGGCAAGGUGCUGCCACGCCAGUGCUGUGGUGGAUGGCAAGAUCCUAGUGACGGGAGGCUACAUCAAUAGCGCUUAUUCCCGUUCAGUGUGUAUGUAUGAUCCUGCUAACGAUGACUGGCAGGACAAGUCUAUCCUUAGCACUCCACGAGGCUGGCACUGCGCCAUCUCUCUCAGCGAGAGGGUCUAUGUGAUGGGGGGAAGCCAAGUAGGGCCCAGAGGGGAGAGGGUGGACGUGAUCCCCGUGGAGUGCUACAAUCCUUAUACAAGUCAGUGGAGUUACGUGGCUCCUCUUCAGACGGGAGUCAGCACAGCCGGGGCUUCCACACUCAAUGGUAGGAUUUACUUGGUGGGAGGCUGGAACGAAAUAGAAAAGAAAUAUAAGAAGUGCAUCCAGUGCUUCAAUCCCGACCUUAAUGAAUGGAUUGAGGACGAUGAGUUGCCCGAAGCUACUGUGGGAGUAUCAUGCUGUACUAUUUCUAUGCCUAACAACAUGGCCCGGGAAUCUAGGGCUAGCUCAGUGUCCUCCGUACCAGUCAGCAUUUAAAUGUAGUAAGAAUGGAGAGAAAAGAUGCAUUUGUAUAGCUCUGUAAUUGACUCUUUAGCCAAUUUUUUUUUUCAACAAACACAAAGGACAGUGUAUAAACUUCCCCUUCUAUGAUUGUAUUUUAAAAUAAAAUAGUGAGCCAAGUAGGAGGCUGAGGCAGAGCAGUAGGAAAAGCGCUUGAGGUAUGUGGAUUCACGAGCCACUGGAUUCACAACCCAGAUUUGUCACUUACCUGCCUGUCUGAUCUUCAGCGAAUGAUUGAAUUCGCCUGAAUCUGGGUCUCACUUUCCUUAUCUGAGAGUUUGGAUAGGAUGAGGGGAAGGGAAUGAGAACCUACAAUGUCAAUUCAAUAAACAUUUAUUAACCACCUGCUAUGUGCCAGGCACUGUGACAUGCGCUUUACAAAUAUCAUCUUAUUCGAGAUGAGAUUCAAUUCUAUUCUAUUCAAUAAACACUUAUUAAGCGCCUACCGUGUACUAGGCACUGUGCUGAGAUACACAAAGAGGCAAAAGAUAGUCCCUGGCCUCUUACAGUCUAGUGGAUAAUAAUAAUAACCUACAAUUCCCAUGCCAGGAUAUUUUAAAAUCUCGAAUGUCACUUAACCUACUGUGGUGACUCGCCUCCGGACUUCAUUCACAAUUGGAAUUUGAAUAAAAAACUAGGGCUUCAGCCAAAGAAGUAAAGAGGCAGCAGUUUCCAAAAUGGCCACUGGGUGGCAGAUAUGUCUGGAUUUGUUGCUGUUUUCUGGAACUAAAUUUUCCAAUUCCGUUCUGACUUUACAUUAAAGUUUAAGAAUAAUUUUACUCACGUAUAACUGCAUAGAAUUGGUCUAGUUCUAUAAUAUGCUAAAAUACUUCAUUUAUUUUUAUGCAUAUUUUAUGUUAUCACUCAGUACUUUGUUGCGCAUUAGAUAGAAAACAAAUGCUUAUAACCACAGGACUCCCAUGGAAGCAAGGAAUUCAUUUCUGCACAAAAGUUACUCUGGAUUUUUUCCCUUCAUUCUAAGCAAUUUAAGUUGCACAUAUGGUACUUGUAAGCUUUUUUUUUUUUUUUUAAGAUUGCUGUACCUCCCUUUCAUCCUAUUCCCAGCUAUCUAUUUCUGGAAAGACUUGAGGCAACUUGGUCAUAAUUUAGCCAUGUAAUUUUAUUUUCCUAGUUAGGUCUAAGUAAUGGAUAUCCUGAGGCAGUCUGCAUCUAAAAAACAAACACAAAUCAGCUCCAUUACCCACCCCACAGAAUGGGCUCUAAAAGGAAAAGAGCAAGGAUCCUUAUUGAAGGCUAACCCAGACAAAACCAUAGAUAAGUUUUGACUUUGAUAUUGAUGUAUUUGCCUUUAAGAGUCCUUUCCUUCCUUUGGUAGCAUGUGGCACCACAUCUUCCUCCCUAAUUGAAGCAAGUACAGUCUCUUCUUAACUAUCAAAACCUGUUCUCAGGAAAAAAAGAUCUAACACCAGCCAGUUGCACCUCAAUAUGAAUUUGUCAAAGAAGCAAUGUGGUAUAGUGUCUAGAGCCAGACUUAGAUCCAGGAAAGCCUGGGUUCAAGUUACACCUCUGAAACAUACUGAGUAUGUCAGCCUACACAAGCCACUUAAAUUCUCAGUGCUCUAGUCCAUUCUCCAAGUCUAGAAGUUCUAAAGAAGGUACUGGCAUGCAUUGGUAGAAAGAUCCCUCACCAUGGAGUUUCCUAUGCCAAUGAAAUGACAGGUUCAAUCCCUGUCUCUGAAUUUGACAGUACAACAGCUCUAAUUAUAGAAAGAGAGGUUUUUCUAUUUAUUAACAAGACAACAUUUGACAAGUGAGUCAUAAAUACUGAUCCUACACCUCCAACCAUGAAGGCAGUCCCUCUAGUUAUUCUUUGACAAAUCAACCACUCAUAAUCCUGGAGGAAUAGAUGACAGUGUCCAUAAUUAGAAUGCAUCACUGACCCAGAUAAGAUCACACUGAAGUUCAGGGCAGGAUUAUUAUUCCCUAGUCUUCUCAGGGAAUGAUAAGUGGGUAAUUGUCCAUAUAGGCCCCAAACCUCCCAUGCCUAUUUUUGAGUGCUGCCCAUUAGAGAUAGGCCAAAGAUUUUAUACUCCCAGAACAAGGUUUAAAAAGCACGUCCACUAUGUUACUGCCCACUGAAGGGCCAAGGCUUCACAAUAACCCAUAUAACAUGACUAACCACUUAUGGAUCCUGGGCUGCAGUAUCGUUUUAGCAUUAUAAAUACAUUUAUUUAUAAGAAUUUUUUUUUGCGGGGCAAUGGGGAUUAAGUGACUUGCCCAGGGUCACACAGCUAGCAAGUGUCAAAUGUCUGAGGCCGGAUUUGAACUCAGGUCCUUCUGAAUCCAAGGCCGGUGUUUUAUCCACUGCGCCACCUAGCUGCCCCCAGAAAAAAUAUUUCAAAGUGUCAUCUGCUGUGCCCCUAUAUUCUGUACCCCCUAUGGCUUCCAACUUUGCUACUCCUAGUUCAUAUGAUGACAAGAUCCUAAAUCACACGGAGAGAAAUUAUUUCUCUCCCAUGGUAAAAGCCAAAUAUUAAAACUGGGGAGACCCCAGCUCUUUUUCUCUGCCCUAUUUCUUUGUCCAGUCUCUCAGGGAUGGGGCUGAUGGAAGAUGGGAUUAAUAUUCUCCUCAUUCUGGGUAUUGCUACUGUACUCAACUAGCUCAGGCUAGGGUGGGAGAUAUAGAUUCUUUGUCCAUAUUGCCCAAGGCUGGGGGGCACGGUGUCUGGGUAUAAGAAUAGUCUCUCUGUCCAAGAGUGACAUGAUGUCAUUCUCAGCUCCUCACUGGAGUAAGUUUACUUCUCUUUGUAAAGUCCACCUCUUAUUAAUUGUUAACCAAUUAGAAUUGAUUGCCACCCUCAGGAACACUCCUUUUCCAAGGGCAUGUAAGCCGUGAACCUGCUGCUGUGAUGGUAUUUGGCAUUUGAGAGUGCCACUGGCCUCUUAUUAAAAUGUUGGCAUUAUUAAUAAAAUUACUAAUUACCCAGAAAUUAUGCCUCUCGAAUUUUUUAAUGCCGCAGCACUAUUACUGAGUUGAAAAACUUUUAAAUUUACUACUUAGAUGAAAAUCUCUUCAGUUUAUGGCGUUUUUUUCCUUUUGCUGUUAUCCUUUUGAACCAUAUCGACCUCUCUUUUACAUAUAUGAAAAAGAAAUACAAAUUCUAGGCUGCUUUGGUUUUUGAUGAUAUAAGCAUAAAGCUUAGCGACUCAAAAGAUUUCCAUAUGAAUUACAGAAUUUGAGAAUUGGAAGGGGCCUCAGUCAACCAUCUGGUCCAACCUAUAACCAGAAGGAAUUGCCAGCAUGAUAUAACUGACAGGUGGUUGUCCAGCCUCUGCCUCUUUUAGACAGCUCUAAUUGUUAGAAGGGUUUUCUGGACAUCAAGCCUAAGUUUUGCUCUUUGUAUCUCCUGCCUCUUGCUUCUGUUUCUUCCUUCUGGGGCCAAGCAGAAUGAUUCUAAUCCCUCUCCAAAGAGGCCAACCUAGCAAAUAUUUAAACAUGGCCAAUAUUUUUCCCCCUAGGCUUGUCUUCUACAGGCUAAAUAUCCCAAGGUCCAUGCACCAAUACUCAGAAGAUAUGGAUUCAAGGCCCUUCAUAGACUUGGUCGUCCUGCUCUGGACCCUCCUGCUUAUCAGUGUCCUUAAAUAACGGUGUCAUUGGGGAAAGCUAGGUAGCACAGUGGAUAAAGCACCAGCCCUGGAUUCAGGAGGACCUGAGUUCAAAUCUGACCUCAGACACUUGGCAUGUACUAGCUGUGGGGCCUUGGGCAAGUCACUUAACCCUCAUUGCCUCUCAAAAAAACAAACAAACAAAUGGUGCCAUUCUUAAAUUUUGCCUUUUGCAAUGAAAUUCUAACCUUUCCCUUUGGAAUCUCUAGUUACAGGGCACCAUUUGUCUUCUGGAUGAAAACACAGAGACAUAUUUCAUAAAGAGAUAUUAAAACUAUCCUUGUCCAUUGUCUGUCCCAAAUUUGCUUCAUCAAUCAAGAUAGAAACUGUCUGUUGUGUAUCAUCCCAUUUUCUUAUAAGGUUGCCAAACUCUAAAAUCAAUCAAGGGAUAAAUUGUAGCCAAUCGAUACACAUUUUCCUAUUGUUCAUUUCAGGUUGGAAUGUGCUUAGAAUUCUACUUUCAUUAUUUUGGAAAGUGUUCUCUUCAAUUAUGAGCUAUCUGUAAUAAAAACAACAACAAAAAUACUUAAAGGGUUAAAUGCGAGGUAUAUAAAAAUUAUAAUUGUUUUCAUUCAUCCCUGGACCAACUUACAUUGGAUUCUUGCUGGAAAUUGAGACAUCUAUGGGUUUUUAAAAGUUUCAUUGAACUGGGAAAACAGAUUUAUACUUUGCAUUUUCAUGGGUCAAUUUUAUAAUGUUGUCCCUUUUUGACCUCCUAAUCUCUCAACAUUUAAUUAUAACACCUGAGUUGAAGCUGCAAACACUCCUAGUGUACCCAAAGAGGGAUCUGUGCUUUUAAAGAUUUGUCUAAAUUCAGAAAGAAUGUCACCAACUAAGCAUAUUGGCUCCUGUUCUCCACUCAUGUAUAGCAGCCCUGGGAAACCUCUCCAAACACAAUUCCCCUUGACUUCAAAGAGAGCUCUGCUCCCUUGGCAACUUGGCUGCCAGGGAUGAGUUAUAAAACAUGAGAAUCAGGCCUGUUGAGCUAGCUAAGUAUCUAAAAUGCUUUAAAAUCACAGAUGGCUCAUCUUAUAUCAACAUUUCUUCUUAGCAGUAAUGGCAUUAAUGGGAUUUUAUGAAGUUAGCUCAAUGAUCGACAUGUUGCAGAACUUGAAACAAUGGGACCUAUUAAAAUGAUCCAUCCCACAACUGUGGUUCCUGGGCAGCAGUUUAGAAAGGGUCAGUAGAGAGGAUUGUGAGUACUUGAUAAUGGAUGCAAAAUAGCAAUAGCCUGAGCAGCAGCAUUUCCAAGUUUAACAAAGGUACAUAAAUUCCUUUUCCAGAAGAUAGGACACAUUUCAGUAAAGUAUUAUUAGUGUAAGGAUAUCUUGCAUUUAUAUUGUGUUUUAAAGCACUCUAUACAUGUUAUCCUAUUUGAUCCACACAACAACAUUGAGGUUAGUGUUAUUCUCAUUCCCAUUUUACAGACCAGGAAGCUAAGGUUCAGAGAGUUUAAAGGACUUGCCCAGGGUCACAAAAAUGGUAAAUGUCUGAGACAGAAGCUGAACUCAGGUCUUCCUGAGUCCAAAUCCACUUCACUGCACAUUGUACCACACUUAGAUGACAGUUAGAGAAAAUUGAAAUGCUGUCAACAUACAGAGACAGUGUGGUACAGUGGAAAGAAGGGUUCAGUGUCAGAAGGCUUUUCUCCGAUGCUUAUUGUGUGACCACUUAUUGCAUGACCUAUUAACCUAUGUGGGCCUCAGUUUCUUCAUCUAUAAAAUGAGAGGAUUGGUUUGCAAGAUUCCUUCUUCCUACUCUAGACAUGCUAUUCUUAGGAUAGGGAUGGAUACUGGAUAUGUGAUUUCAUUGGGAUAGAAAGCCCCCACAUGAGGAAAUUCCUUUCUACCAUUGUAGGCUGGCACCUUUCAUACAACUUUUAGUCAUAGAAAACUGUCUGGGAAACUGAAGGGAUAUGUGACUUACCCAGGUCCACAUAGCCAAAAUGUGUCAGAGGUAGAGUUUGUACCCAAGUCUUCCAGACUUUGAGGCCAACUCUCUAUCUACGACAAAACACUGCCUCACAAUUCUACGAAUUAGAUUGGAAAAUAUGUCCUCUCUUUCCUUAUGUGCAUCCCUUACUGAAGAAAACAUUUCAGAGCAUUGCAAGAUGCCUGGCUGUAGAUCAAGGUUCACUUCAUGGAAGGAAAAGUAACUGAUUAAGAUUAAGAUUAAGCAGCCAUAUGAGGGAAGACCUUCCCUGUGUGUGAAUGAGGCCAAUGCAAUCAAAUAAAACAGGGGAAAUUCAAUCUAAGGACCUCUAGGCACCACCUUCAGCCUCAUUACUGGACCCUUGGGAAUUCCGGGCCUUGCCAUCUAUCCUGGAUCUUCUUGUGAACAGAGGCUGUCUUCCUUUUUCUAUUUGCACCUUUCAGAAUUUAGCACAGUACUUGGCACAUAGUGAAUGUUUGGUCAAUGUUUUUUCAAUCAAUCAAGUGGAUUGUUAAGCAUCUCAAAGCUCCAGCAACAACCUAGGCUCUCUCUCCAUAAAUAGCACCUUCAAAAGAUCUUAGAAGGGAAGAAACAGUGAAGUCAAUGAUAUGGUGGUUCUUAAGAGAGCCCUAAUCCAACCUAAGUGACCUUCGUCUCGUAAGUCAGCAAGCAUUUAUUAGGCCCCCUACUACCAAGACACUGUACUAGGUGCUAAAGAAAUAAAUACCCCAUCUCCAUUCUAAUUUUCACUCCCACCCCUCUUAUCAGCUAAUGCCCAAUUAGAUAAGUGGUUGCAAUUUAUUGACACAUGUUCAAGAUCACCCCUCAGAGAAAUAUCAUAGCUGGAAAUGCUGUGAUUAACCUUAAGCUCCACCAAACACUAUAACUUACUCAGAGUUCAGACCACAAAAGUUUUCUUUGAAAAAUAUUUGUGAUGUUCCUUUAGCAUCACAAACAAGUUUUUCACUCAGAUACUUUUGGUCAUUGGUUUUCCAUAUACACAGUCUAUAGAUUUCAUUUUUCCAACAAUUUGUUUCAACACGACCUAUGAUGGCUUUUGUGAGGAGACUGUAUUGUCUAUCCUAGAAUUCCUGGUGGAUCCGAUGACACAUAUUUAAGUAAAACCUGAGUGUACAACUGACAGAGUCAAAGGUGAGGUCAUUCUUGGUAAGAUAGAGAAAGAUGCUACACAUGAGCAGGCUAAGAGGAUUCCCUAGUUUGUGCCAAUAGGGAUAGAUCCUACUGACUUAUAUGGAUCUUUACAUCUAGAAGAGGCUCAUGGGCUUGGAAUAAAACAAGAGGCAUGUCUUAUAAGGUUGUUAACAUCUUAGAAGGGGAUAAGGAGAGAUCCUGAAAGAGUAGUUCCUUCAACUGUAAGUGUUUGAUAAUGGAUUAGUUUGUGAACAGUUUCUGUGGUGAAAAUUGAGAUACAUUUGAGUUGGAUAAGCCAUAUUAAAGUACUAAUCCCCCAAUUUAAGUAUUGCUGGUAUGAAGACUGAGAAAGCAUCCAUAGUUGUACUUGUCAGUUUCCCAGUGUAUUAUUAUCCUGUAUCUUGCUUGAACAAGUAGGUUGCUGAAAUCAAGACAAUUUUGAGUUGGAAUGCCAUAAUGACUGAUUUAAUUCACUCAGAGCAAGCAGGAAAUUGUGUAAAUUGAAUGUUCAGGUUUUGAAAGCUAUAACACAGAACCCUUUAGGAGAAAGCAGGUUAGCAUUUGUUUUUGUUUCUUUCUGACCUUUUUUGCAAAGAUCUAUAAAGAUAUAGAGCAAAAAAGGUAUGUGUUUUAUUUCUUAGGUAAUAAGUGGGGGAAAAAAACCUUUAACACACAUUUUUUGGCAGAAUACUCUUCAGGAUGAUUUGUGAGGUUCCCCUUUGAAGUUUCAUUUCUUUUCUUUUUUUAAAUUCCCCAAAUGGAAAUUGCUUCGUUUUAGUUAUGACUUAAUCCUUCAUUCAGUUAUGUCGUCAGAUGUUAAAGGGGCCAAUGAUACAAGAACUUCCUUUUACUCUUCCUCAUGAAAAAUACUUGCUUAUAUCAUAGGAAAACAUUCAGUUUGUGUUAGAAGGGCCAUCUAUAGAAUACAUAGUAUUCUAUGUGAAUACAUAGUGAAUAUAUAGGAAGCAAUAUUAUUUGACAUACAAAGGAUAAAAUUCAAGCUCUCCUUUCUCUGACUGGGUGGGAAAUGAAAGAUAAAAGCUAUCAUCCUGAAGCAUGGGAAAUUACCAGAAUCAAGGAACUAAUGGAUUCUAUACAUUGUUAGUAAUACUAUUUGAUAUAUAGGUACUUUCCUUGGGUCAAAUGGAUUCAACAGAAGUGUAAUAAGCAGUCAGACUAUGAGGAUGUAAGUGAGGGAGUGGGGGAAUGCCAGAAGGAGGGAGGAUAUUGAAGGUUAGGUGUGUGAAAAGAUAAAGCUAAAUCUUUAUCCUCAAUGAUCUUAUAAUCUAAUUAGGGAAAUGAGAUGGGUGCAUAUGUUGUUAACCAAGUAGAAUAGGAUGUGUGCAAGGUGUUAUAUGGGAUUCCUAAAAAAAAAAAAAAAAGAGAAAGAUUUGGUGCUGAGCCUUUAAAAAAAAGAAGAAGAAGAAGAAGACGAAGAAGCAGAAGGUGUUGGCCAAAGUUAUUGACUGGAGUGUUUUUUGUUUUGUUUUGUUUUCCUCUACUGUGUGAAAGAAUGGUUCUGAGUUGUGAUGUGGUCAGUGAUUUCAGAGUCACUUCAUUUUAGGUUCUGAUUAGGAAGUGGCAGAAUGUUAUAAGCUGAUUGAGGAUAUAAUAAGAUAAUGGAUGGUAGUCAAAGUUGUGUGAAUUAAUGCUAGAAAAUGCAUUUGUAAAUAUGAGUGUAAAGAAAAAAUUCCCUAGAAAUGUGCAAGCAUAAACAGAUCAAUUCUUCACUUUCUGUACUGGCCAAUUACUUCUUUAAAACUCAGAAAAGUGCCUAGGUGGAAGAAAUAAACCAUUUCAACUGUAUGUAUUUAUUUUUUUUCUAGCUAUAACUAAAUUGAUUCAUGUAACUUCUUUGAAUCCACCUAGGCUUAGGGGAAUAAAAAUCUCUGCUAGACUAAUAAAGUUUACCAAACUCCAAGAUAAUUGUGAAUGACCUUCCAAAAUGUUAGGUGGGUAUGCCUGAAAUAAAAUAAAUUUAUUUGGUAAAUUUUCACAAAAAUGUCUAUUUUUAUAUGACUCUAGUACUACAAAAUAAAACUUAUGCAAUAUUAUGUAACCUUUCCAUCAUCAUUAAAGCU